UAUAACUACCGUUUUAUACAUAUCUCUAUAUUUAUGAUAGACAGCCACCGCAGCCCAAAGAUCCAGAUAUUGGAGCAUAGUCAUUCAUUAAAUCAUCACUCGUUCAAACCACACAGCUACACCUCGAAUCUGCAAGAUGCAUUUCUCUGCAGUUCUGCUCGCGGCUUUGCCCGUCACUGUUCUGGCUAUACCAGCUGCUGUUGCUGACUUGCCCGUGCUGUCGUUCCCUGGCACUGAGACCUCUUCGUCCUCGGCUCCAACCAGUUCAGCUCCGACUGGAGUUACGAUUGAAGGUAUUGCCUACGCCGGAAGCGGCUGCAACGCAGGCAGCGUGGCCGGCGCGAUCUCGUCCGACGCGCAAACCAUCACGCUGCUCUACGACAGCUUCGUCGCGCAGGCGGGACCGGGCAUCACGCCGUCCGAGGCGCGCAAGAACUGUCAGCUCAACCUGCAGCUGAGUCUGCCCCAGGGCUGGCAGUUCAGCGUCUUCAAGGCCGACUACCGCGGCUACGCGUACCUCCAGGACGGCGACAAGGGCGUCAUCAAAGCCACGUACUACUUCUCCGGUGACUCGACCCAGGUGUCCAGCCAGCUGGAUCUCAAGGGCGCGUACGACGACAACUACCUCAAGACGGACGAGUUUGGCAUCGAGAGUACGGUCUGGUCGCCCUGCGGCGAGGAGGGUCUCUUGAACGUCAACAGCGAAGUUCGCGUCACUCCUCUUAACACCACUAACAUUGCUCUGCUUACUGUCGAUUCUACCGACUUGAACUUCGAGACUGUCCAUUACCUCCAGUGGCAGACUUGCUAAAUACUUUUCAACAAAUUUUGAAGUUAUUUUUGGGGAUAUUUUACAAUCAGUGGAAGCAUUAUGCUGGGGUUUCAUUUAUGCGGCAAUCAGUUUCCGUGGUAUCCAUGCAUUGUUUUCAGUUUCGGCAGCCACCGGUUCCUGACGUAAGAAUUCAACCAACUCCUCAAAUAUGGUGGGCUAAGAUCGAAAUCGAAACAAUACAAUGAUUCAAUUCUCAAUUGGAGGGAUUCGUCCCCAUCUCCACCCAACUACCUUCGUCCUUUCUUUUGAUACUGUAAACGUGACAGUACUCAUUCCCAGCGUCAAAAUUCUGGAAUGAUCCCAAAGGGGA